CUGAAACGUCUGAUUUUUUUCUUCCCCGACAGAUGGCGACGCCGGAGGCCAACCUGAGCGGCGUCAGAGGCUCUGGCGACGCCCCUCCGCCGCGCCACCUGCACAACUUCAACACCUUCCAGUUCGUGUCGCAGCUGGUCUCCGCCACGCCCCCCUACCUCUUCAACAUGUCCACGCCCUUCCCCGGCAACUUCUUCAGCGACCUCCUGCGGCGGAUGGCGCCCAGAGCCGGCACGCCCGGCCUGCCCCCCGACCAGACUCUGCAGCAGCAGAUCCGCGCCGCCCUCUUGGCCAAAAGCGCCCCGCCGCCGCCGCCCUCCCUGCCCCCGACCGUCAUGCCCCCGCCGCUGGACUUGGCGGCUGCCACGCACCGCUCUCCAGCGGCGCCGCAGCUGCAUCCCGAAAAGGGCGUGAAGCGCUCCCUCUUCUCGGACGUGUCGGCUCUCAGCUCCAGCGAGGACGAGGGCGGCGCCAAGAGGCCUCGCCUGGACACCGACGGGCGCGAGAGCGAGCAGCACCCGCCGGAGGCUCUUCCGGCUCCCUUCCUCAUGCAGGCGCCCUUCUUACACUCGUCAGUGCCGCCUCCGCAUGACGUGCUGAACCCAUGGAGCUCCAGGGCAUCGCUCCUCCGCCCACAAGUACCUCUGGCCGCCCACGUCCCGCCCACUCCCCUCGACCCCUACCGGCUACUCCUCGACUUGCGUCUAGCAGGCCAGCUCCGCACGAUGGCCGCCACGCAGGCCCUGCACAACAAAGAGACGACCAUAGGGGGAGGCGGGGGCGGGGGGCUGGGUCUCCACCCCCCCAUCACCUCCUCCCACUCCUCCAUCCCCUCCUCCAAGUCUGUCACAUCGCGAAACUCGCCCACGCUCCUCGACUCACGACCUCCUCGCGAAGAGCUGCCACCGGUGUCGGCCCCGCCCUCGAUGGGCGUCCUCCAGGGCGGCGACGAUCGGGUGUCCGCAUUCCACCCGCCCUCGAGGCCACACCCGGACGCGGCCGACACCAGCGACGAGGAGAACGGAGACCGCCGCAGCUGUAGUCGCAGUAGCAGCGGUAGCGCCAGCAGCAGCGCCGCCCGCGAGGGGCUGGGUCCCCAGUACAUCUUCAAGCACCUCACCCAGAUCUAUCGGACUAUCGACGGACACAAGGUGGAGGGCGGCGGCGAGAGCGGAGACGACCUCCGCCACGAACACUCGAGGAAGGAGCACCACCACCGCCCUGCCUCCCCUGAGUCAGCCCACACAGCUCCCGCCCGCGCCGAAGGUGGGCGCGGCGGCGAGGGCCAGCAGCAGGCAAUCCAGCAGGAGCCUCGAGCAGACAUGGCCGCCAGAGAGGAGGUGCGACCCAAGGAAGGUUGAUAGCGGUCGUUUUUGGGGCCCUGGGGCUGAUGGCACUGUUAGGGAGGAGACGAGAGGAUCUCCUACUCCUCCUCCUCCUCCUACCCUUGCUCCUACUCCUCCUCCUCCUCCUCCUUCCCCUCUAGCAACGGAACAGCGCUCCUCUCCCCCCCGGUGGCUGUCGCGACUUCUGAUACUAUUGUUGCCAAAAACAGAAAUGGAGUCGAACGCCCGCCUUCUCUAAUCAAGUCAGCCUCACUCACUCACUCACUUACUCACACGUUCAAUGUGAUACUAUUAUGAUUUGUGAUGAUUUGCGCUUGUGUCAUUCCCCCCCUCCCCCUCAAUUUUUUUUUUUUUUCUCGUCUUGGAUUUGAAUAGAGAGAAACAUUCAUUCAUUCAUGGCCCCUUUCAGAAGAGGAUAAACCUUCUCGCUAGUCACUCAGUCAGUGUUCAAUGUAUAGCUCACUCUUAGAGUAGGGAUUUUACGUAUGUUUUUAUCGAUUCCAUGAUCAUUAAUUAAUCAUUUAGAGGCCAAAGGUAAAUGCAUAGCUGUAUAGUAGAGUGGAAUAUCUUUGGAUAUAUGGAUUAUUCUCUCUCCUUCCAUAGGCUAGACAUUUGCACACCCGUCACCAAUCAGACAAGUCAAACGAAAGAUAUACGGAAUGACCACUGUUAUAGUACCAAGGUCCUUGGUUAGUACCAUGAGUCUCGCUGUACCGUACUUCGCUACAUUCCACUCACAGCUUCGAAAGCAUUCUUUUCAUUUACAUUCCAUUCGUUCAGACUGGAUUUUCAUUAAGACGAAACUAACGUACCUUUCAGGAUUUCUAGUCAUUAUUUAUUAAGUAGGCCUAAGUUCGCGUAAUGUGGGCCUAAGUACGUGUAUGAUUUGAUUUGUACCUGUCAGCUUUCAACCAGGAAAUGAUUUGAAUUAAACUAGGUGAAUUCAGUAACAAAUAUUAGCUGGAGUAUAAACUCGGUAGGAUUGUGAAUUUUAUUAUUUUCUCAAGUAUUGCUCCAUGUAGGCCUAAAUGAAAAAUUUUGCUGAACAUUCCCACGUAUUCGUAUAACGGAUUUACAUUUCAUUGUCUGUUCAUUUACAGAGUUCCCUCUUCCCCACUGGACCACAAGUAACCACCAGCGGAGAUAUAUAAAAGUGGUCUCCAUGUUCUGUUGGUUUGAAUUCAUGUUUUACUGAGAGACAAUCACUGGCUUGCAAUCACUUACUCUCACAGGCUUCCAACGAUUAUUCUAAAAAGGAUUAAAACAAAUAAAAAAAAGAGAAAUUUAGUUCUUCAGUCAUUCCCGGUAGAAGAAGAAUCACCCAGUCGCCUCAAACUGUCUUAAAAUAUCACAGAAGAAGAAAUCGUGCAGUGAAAUUUUAAAUAUGCAACAACUGUACUAUAGUCACUUGAUUAGCUGAUCAACUACGAAUUUUUUCAAGAAGUCGAUUGGGAAUGGGUAUCGGUGAUUCUUCUUUCAUGUCUGUACAUAGUCUUUUAACCUUCUUCAUGUCUGUCUGUUAUAAAGCAGCAGUGUAUAUAUAUUUUGGCUGACGACAUUGAGGGAUGACGGUGGAUGGAUUUGAGAGAAAAAAAAAACAAAAGGAAGAAGUUAGAAGAUGAACCAUUUCCCUGGUUUAUUUAUCGUUCAUUUAUUUUAAUUUUUACGUCUUCUCCUUUAUCAUACCAUCUUUCGAUUCAAUGUCAUAACUUAUUGCAUUUCUUUCACUAGAUUUUCCCUUAAUGGAGUUUGAUUUAACAGCUAAUAAAUUUGGUUUUAAAAGAGCUUUGAGACGAUCCACCUGCGUCCCGCAGACUUGCCCUUAGCCUAUACACUGCUGCUGUAUGUGUGUAUUGUACAACUUCUCCAAUCAGUAUUAGAAAAGAUAUUUGUUGACAAUAAGACUGCGCGUAGAUUUUUAACCGAACAGCUUCAAAUGGAUAUCAGUAAGGUAGCUAUCGGCGGUUUCAUUCUGCAUGUGGUAGUUACCCCUUGACCUGCACUGUUCCUCAAGGGCGGCAAAGUACUUAAAUACAAAAAAAAAAAAAAAAAAAGACAUGACCUUCAUCAAUGGCUGUGACAAACGAAGCCAUUGAGCGAAAAAGGUCGCGACUUAGAUAUGUCGAAUGUCCUGUAACUGGACUCUUCAAGAUGUUGUCGCGUCUUUUAAAUAAGAGUUGUUUAGAGUUGCCAAGUGGUCUGUAUUUAGGAUGGCAUUCGAUUCUCGAUCCUUGAUAUUUUUUCAAUCCAGAUGUUUAUCGUGCAUCUUGUACUGAAGCAUGAAGCGUUCACGAGACCUUUUUUUUCUUUCUUAGAGUUUGUAAAACAGGUGCUUCUUGCCACCCUUUUAUGGAUGUGUUAAAUAAGCGCUAUAGAGGAACCGAUGUGUUGCCAUCUUGUCAUCAAAGUUUAGUCCCGGGAGGUGUGAUGGCUCCAGCCAGCCGGAUGCACGAUAACCUAUGUGAAAAGCACACCAUUGUUGCUUCUCCAUUGCAAAAAAAAUCUAUAAAAAUAAAAAAGAAAAUCAUUGAUUCAUCAUUAUUAUAUAUAAUAGCGAGUCCUUUGUGUGUAAAGGCUACUUUGCUGAAUAGUUGGGAAACAUAAUAAAAUGUAUUGUCCGAGAUCUUCAGAUUCGCAAAGAUGAUGUUAGCCACGCAUAAUAGUCAUUCUGAUUCUACUUGUAAGUUAUCGUACCUGUGUCUCCAGUAUGUUUAUUGUUGUGUUGUUUCUCAUGUAAAUAACAGAAGUGGAAUUUGAA